AUGGUUGCCUCGUACAUGAAGUGGGCUGCCAUGCUGCUGGCAACUGCCCAGCUUGGUGCUGCUCAGACCUAUACUGACUGCGACCCGCUCAACAAGACAUGCCCUGCUGACGCCGGUCUGGCAAAGUGGUCGUACAACGUCGACUUCACCAGUGGUUCAUCUGCCUUUGACAAGUGGACCACAACCGCCGGAACCGUCAACAGCACUGACCUUGGCGCUCUAUUCCAAAUUGCCGCGGAGGGAGAUGCUCCCACCAUCGAGAGUGAUUUCUACAUCUUCUUCGGCCAUGUUGACGUGAAGCUCCGUGCUGCCAACGGCACUGGUAUCGUUUCCACCUGGAUGAUGGAGUCUGAUGAUCUUGAUGAGAUCGACUGGGAGCAAAUUAGCACCUACACUGGUGAGAUCCAGACUGACUACUUUGGCAAAGACAACACCACCGACUGGGACCGUGCCACCACCGUAAACGUCACCGACCCCGAGACGACCUUCCACACUUACUCCAUAGACUGGACUGAGGAACGCAUCAACUGGCUCCUUGACGGUACCAUCGUGCGCACCCUCAACUACGCCGAUGCUCUGAACGGCAAGAACUACCCCCAGACUCCCAUGCGCAUUCGCAUCGGCAUCUGGGCCGGUGGCGACCCCGACAACAGUGAGGGUACUAUCGAGUGGGCUGGUGGCGAGACAGACUACGAUGACGGUCCCUUCAACAUGUACGUUGAGUCCGUCAAGGUCAUCAACUACAACCCUGCCAAGUACUACAAGUACACCGACAAGACCGGCGACUACACCAGCAUCAAGGCCUACAACGCUUACGCCUACUCUGGUGCCUCGGUCUCUAUGGUCUCGUCUAUGUUCACGGCUUCCAUCGUCGCUAUUAUUGCUGGUGUCUUCCAGCUGUGA